GUUCGGAGUAAAAAGGUUACUACUAGAGAAGCGUCCCUAGUGGAAAUUAUUUCUUUCUCUUUUCUCGCAAAACAUUACAAAAAUGCUUCCUCAAAAAUCUCAAGGCGCUUUUAAAUUCGUUAUUAAAUCAAAACUAACGGCUGAACAAGUUUCGAGCAACAGUGAAAAAAAUGCCGUUCCAGCACCACAGCCACCUAAAGAACUACAACUACAACAACAACCAGCAGCAGCAGCAGCAACUGAACCACCCAAGCAACAACAGCAUCCACAACAACCAGGUGAUGCAUCAUCCAAACAACCAGCACUCGAAACAAAAGCUGAAUCCGAUGAAUUUGAAAAAAAACGGAAACGAAACGAUAAAGAUGUUCUUCCUAUAGCUUCUAAAAAGAUGCAUAGUCAACUCCAGCGUUGGAAUCAAAAACAUGCUGAAUUGAAAGUUCAAGAAGCACAAGCGAAUAAUGAUAAUGAUGGAGACGCCCCUGGCGACGGAUCAACUGAAUCAUCAUUACUCGACUUUGCCGAUUUGACCAUGAUGGCCUGUUUAUUGUGUCAACGCAAGUUCAAAACAAGCCAAGAUAUACAGCGACAUCAAGAGAUAUCGCAGUUACACAAAAAAAACCUUCAAGAUCCGAUCUGUGUGGAGAAAGCAAAGUUGAAGAUGCGCGACGUGGAAACAGAAGCCGAGCGACAAGCUGAACAAAAUUAUCGAAACCGAGCGGCCGAACGAAGACAGGCUUAUGGACAGCCAGAGAAACCAGUGAUACCAUCCAAUGGGUUCCAGCACAAACGUGCUCCAAGAUCGUUGCAACAACGACACGUAGACAAAACAACAACAACAACAACAACACCAUCGGCUUCAAUAGAGAAAGCUAUCACAGACGACAAUGUGGGUGCACGCAUGCUUCAACAAAUGGGCUGGCGACGCGGUGAAGGUCUCGGCAAAGAUGCAGCUGGUAUUGUGAAUCCAAUAGCUGCAGAGCAGUAUGCCCAAGGCGCUGGCCUGGGCUCUGCUCAUGCUAAACGAAGCACCAUCGCCACCACCGCCAACAACGGUUCAGACAACUAUAAGGAUCGAGUCAAAGAAAUGGCACGGCGACGGUAUGAAGAAGAACAGGCAUAAAGGGAGGAGAGGAGCUCCUCACUCUCUUUUUUUUUUUGCACGUAUUACCCGAGAGAACCUUACUUCUACGGUCUUCUUUACCAAAUCCAAAUAAAAACAAGACGCUACUUUAUAACAAUUCUCUCUAUUCAAUGAUGCUGCUGCACGGGAUAAAAGGGAAAAAGUGGCGGGUUGAGGAGGAAGGGGACAAUAAAGCUUUGGGUAAUAGUUCUGGUUUAGGCGUACGAAACAAGAGUUUAUUUGACUUUGAAAAAA